AUGGAAACUCAAGCUGAAAGUUAUAAAUCGGGGACACCUAUUGGUAGCAAUCAAUCUCCAAUUGGGGUUGAACUUGAACACUCUCAAACUCCAACUUUAUCAACUCCAAUUGAUCCUCCAAGAGAGUCACCCGCUGAAUCUCCUGUUCAAAAUUCUAAUGAAAUUUUGGUUGAUGAUUCAGAGUCACCUAAUCAAGCCCCCGAUGCUAAUGUUGGUGUAAAAAGGAAAUUAACAUUUGUUGUUUGGGAUCAUUUCAAAAAGAUAAAAAUAAAUGGAGAGGAUAAGGUGGAGUGUAAUUAUUGUCAUAAAAAGAUUGGAAGCAAUAGUAAAAAUGGGACAACUCAUUUGCAUGACCAUUAUAAGACUUGUCCAAGAAGGUGUUAUGAAGAUAUAAGGCAACAUGUUCUAGUAAAAGGACAGAGAAAGGCUGAUGGGAAAUGGAAGUCCAAUGGAAUCAAGUAUCCAACAUUGCAAAAGAUUGCUAAGGACAUUUUAGCUAUUCCCAUUUCAACUGUGGCUUCUGAGUUUGCUUUCAGUACUGGUGGUAGAUCAGUGAGUCCUCAUCAUAGUAGACUUCAUGUUGAAACUUUGGAAGCAUUAAUGUGUGCCCAAAAUUGUUUAUUGAAGCAAGUACAAGGUGUUCAUUCGAAAGUUAUAGAUGCAUAUUACCACACAAUUGAAUAUGAUUCUGAUGUUGAUGAGAUUUCAGAAACCAAACUAUUCUUCAGCAUUCUCUUUGUUUCUCUUACUUCGUAA